GAGUGUUAUUCAGCGAAGCUAGAAUGGAAGCAGAAUUUGAGAAAUGCUGCGGGCUUGGUACUUCUUGGGCUUUGGAAGGACUCAAGUGUGAAAAGUUUACAGGACCGGUGUCCGGAGUGCCAACGGUUGAACAAAGUCUUUGCUUAGAGGCCGUGGAUAUCUGUUGCAUAAGGACCUAUCACGAAGAACAAUGCAAGAAAGGGAAAUUAGACGCGCAUGCUGGUUUAGCAUGUGUUUCUGAUAGCAAAAGUAAAUAUUCAGGUCCGGGUGAUUAUCAUCGCGACUGUUGUGAAGCUUGUAAAUUGGGUAUUUCAACUGGAUCUAUGGGACGAGGAUGUGCUUUUAAGAAAUUUACCUUUGGAAAUCCAUGGGAUCCUGCAUUUUUAGAAUGUUGCCACGAGGCAUCACCAAGUACAUCAAGUGCAACAUCAAGUACAACAUCAAGUACAACAAACGCAACAUCGUUCAGUGAGGCUACUGAUACUUCAUCCUCAUCGAUAUCAACGUCUUCGUUAUUUACUCCAACAUUGGCUUCAACCUCUUCUUCGUUGUCAAUACCUACACCUCCAUUAGAUGAUAUCUGCCAGCUUAUGAAGGGAUUAUUGUGUUCUGACAUUUGUGUUCCUACGGUAGGAUCUUAUUAUUGUAAAUGUCGUGAAGGUUUUAGUUUAUUGGAAGAUGGAAAAACUUGCAGACAGGAUUUACCUAUUGACAGAUGCAAGUCGAGCAAUCCAUGCGAACAACGUUGUACGGAUAAUGGAGUUGCAGUAACGUGCAGUUGCAAUCCCGGUUACAUAUUAGCGAAGGAUAAAUAUUCUUGUUUACCAAAAUCAUUCGAAAACAAAAGUACAACUUCGCAGGAUGAUAGCGAAUUUUUACCUCUCUGUCCAACUGGUUAUCGUUACAAUGCUACCAAUAAAAUCUGCGAUGAUGUGAACGAAUGUAUAGAAAAAGAAGUAUGUCCUGGUCAUUGCGAAAAUAAUAUAGGAUCUUAUACAUGCACGCCCAAAGAUAAACUUAGAUCUGUUUCUUACGAAGAGGACACUUGUCCUUCUGGUUAUCAAUGGGAACCCGCUACAGGUCUUUGUACAGAUAUCGACGAGUGUCUUAUAUUAUUAGAACCUUGCUCCGGAAGAAAAAAAUUUUGUGUUAACACCCAAGGUAGUUUUAGUUGCUUAGAAAUGAAAGGAAUAAAAUCUUGUCCCGCAGGAUUUAAAUUCAAUAAAUUGUCACAGCAAUGCGAAGAUGUGAAUGAAUGUGCAGAAGGAAUUCAUAGCUGUUUCGAGGAUACAGAGGAAUGUCGUAAUAUUGAAGGUGCUUACGAGUGUGAUGUAAAAUGUGAUAAAGGAUUUACUUAUAAUGUUAAUUUAGGUACCUGCAUAGAUGUGGAUGAAUGCUUCGGGUCUAGUAAUCCGUGUUUGAACCCAAAUACCACUUGCAAAAAUAUAAUAGGUGGUUAUGAAUGCUUACCUUCAAAUCAUUCUGACUAUCUCUUAACUGAUAAAUUAUUGACUUGUCCUGCGGGCUAUAAGCCGAUAAACAAUUCUAAGGAGGCAUGUGUCGAUGUGGACGAAUGUAAAGAACAAUUGCAUUCAUGCGAAGAAAGUAAACAAUGUAUUAAUGACAUAGGUAGUUACAGAUGCGAACCAUUAAAUCACGAAAAUAUCAAUUUGCAUGGAAAGAUUAAAGGCACUCAUGCUUAUUCGUAUAGAAAGGAACAUAAAUUAAUAACGUCAAUUUCUCCAGUUGUUAAUCAAGCAACGACUUGCAAGGAAGGUUUCAUAUUCGAUCAGCAAAGUUUAGAUUGUAUCGAUAUCGAUGAGUGUAAUAAUGGUUUAUCAAAUUGUGGAAUCAGUGAACAAUGUGUAAAUUUCAAGGGUGGAUACAGAUGUUCUCCAAUAUGUCCGCCUGGUUUUCAGCUAAAUAAUAAUAGUCACUCUUCAAAUGAAGAAUCCUGUCAAGAUAUAAAUGAGUGUACACUUGGAUUACAUUUUUGUAAUGUAUCAACUCAGUUUUGUGUUAAUACGAACGGUUCUUAUACUUGUGAAAUAUUUACAACAACAACAAGUUCAACAACAAUUAACAGACCAUUAAGUAUUAAGAAAAGUCAUAUAAUGCAGAAUCAUUAUUUGUUUUUGGAGCCAUGUGAUCUCGGAUAUACUAGAGAUAUAAAAAAUGGAGAAUGCAUAGAUAUUGAUGAGUGUGCAACAGGAUUAGUUUGUCGAGACUACGAACAAUGUUAUAAUGUCCCAGGCAGUUUUAAGUGUUCACCACUUUGUACCACUGGCUGGUAUUUUAAUACUGCAAUAAAAGGUUGUCAGGAUGUUGAUGAGUGUCUUUUAGGCAGUCAUGAUUGUCCACAAGAUACUCAUAAAUGUGUUAACACGAAUGGUUCCUUUUUGUGCGAGUUGAUACCGCCUUGUAGCAACGGUUAUAAGAGAUCUUUCGAUGACAGUUGCGUCGACAUCGACGAGUGUUUAGAAAAUCUGCACACUUGUCGAUUAGAAUUACAUCAGUAUUGUGUCAACAAAAACGGUAGCUUUGAAUGUUUAACCAGAUUACCUUCUUGUUCAUCGGGUUACGAAUACUCUCUAGCUACUAAACAAUGCGAAGAUAUUGAUGAAUGUGCCCUCGCCCAACACAAAUGUGAUCUUAGACUUUCUGAAAAAUGCUUCAAUCUACCUGGAACUUACAGAUAUCGACGAAUGCGCGGAAGGUUUGGAUUCUUGUGAAGGUGAAGUUUGUUAUAAUCAGCCAGGUGGUUAUAGUUGCGCAACACCCCCAAAACCGAAAACUAGGAACCCACCUACGACACCUUUACCAACACUUCCAAACAAAAAGUGUGCCUCUGGAUUAAAGCUCGUUAAAAAUUAUUGCAUCGACAUCAAUGAAUGCCGGGAAAUAGACGAUGCGUGUAGCAGCAACGAGGAGUGCAUGAACACUAUAGGAAGCUACACAUGCAAAUGCAAAAUUGGUUUUAGACGUGAGAAUUUAACUCAAGCCUGCGUGGAUAUUAACGAAUGUCAAACACGGGAAGAUAUUUGUUUGCAAGGUCAAAGAUGCGAUAAUACUAUAGGCAGUUACACUUGCACUCGUUAUCUAUCGUGUGGUACUGGAUAUACUCUGAAUGCAGCCACUGGAAUCUGCGAAGAUGACGACGAAUGUCUGCUCGGUUUACACGAUUGUAGAUCAGGUUAUCAGUGCAGGAAUACGCUUGGCUCUUUUAGAUGCUAUCGUAAUCCACGUGUACCGGUUCCACAAGCUCGUGUCGACACGACAAUGUCACUGACAGCCACAACUACCAAAUCAACAUCUACAUUCAGAUCUAUUAUUUCUACUCCAUUAACUACUGAGAAAAUAUUUAAUUGUCCACGUGGAUUUGAAACUGGCUCUGGAGGGAAAUGCAUUGAUAUAAACGAAUGUCAAAAAGAUUCAAGUAUUUGUGGCAGGACGAUGCGAUGUAUGAACACUGUUGGAUCUUAUAGGUAUAUUAAAAAUUUGUUUUACUUGUAUUAAUCGAUUUAUUUUCUUCAUUUUAAUAUACAGGGUGAGCCAUCCACACAAAUCACUU